AAUUACACCUUUCCUACACGCUACACUACUCCACAACACACUUCCUAAAAUCAUGGCCAAUAACCGCCGCCGUCACCUUCUCCAUCUCACCGUCAUCCUCCUCCUCAUCUCCUCCGUCACCGCCGACGACGCCGCCGUGAUGUCAAAACUUUCCUCCGCCAUUUCGCCGGUUCCUCCUACUUGGAAACAGAACGGAGACGGUUACUGUGAUUGGAAAGGAAUCAGCUGUGAUAACACAAAACGCGUGACGUCAAUCAACAUUCCGGGAGGUUCGUUAACGGGAACGUUACCGUCAGAUCUCAACACUCUAUCUCAGCUUAAAACCCUAGCUAUUCAACGGAACAAGUUAAACGGUCAGUUACCGUCGUUAGCUAAUCUAACUUUAUUAGAAGAAGUGUAUCUAGACAGUAAUAAUUUCACAUCUAUUUCCAGUAAUUUUUUCCUAGGGUUAAGUAGUUUACAGAAAUUUAGUAUUUCUGAUAAUGUGAAUCUAUCUCCUUGGAGCAUACCUAAUGAACUUACUGAAAGUACUAAUUUGCAAACAUUCGAAGCGAGCAAUGCGAAUAUUACUGGAUCGAUUCCCGAUUUUUUCGAUAAGCUUCCGAGUCUGCAGGAUCUUAGGUUGUCUUAUAAUAAUUUGACCGGGGAGUUGCCUGCAAGUUUUGGUGAGUCGGAGAUUGUUAAUCUUUGGCUUAACAAUCAGGAUCAAGGACUUAGUGGUGGAUUAGAUGUGUUGUCUUCAAUGAGUCAGUUGAGUCAAGUUUGGUUGCAGGCUAAUGAGUUUACUGGUGGUAUUCCAGAUCUGUCGAAAUGCACUAGUUUGUUAGAUUUGCAGCUCAGGGAUAAUCAGUUGACUGGGGUAGUGCCAGUUUCAUUGAUGAGUUUGCCUAAGUUGCUUAAUGUUACGCUGCAGAAUAAUAAGCUGCAGGGUCCGUUACCUGUGUUUGGGAAAGAUGUAAAAGUUGAAUUAGGUUUGACCACUAAUAGUUUUUGUUUGGCUAUUCCGGGUGAUUGUGACCCGCAAGUGACGGCAUUACUUGAGGUUGCAAGAGAUAUUGGGUAUCCGAUGUCGUUGGCGGAAUCCUGGAAAGGUAAUAAUGCUUGUGGGGGUGAUUGGAAUUUUGUUAGUUGUGAUCCCUCGGAGAAGAAUGUGACGUCAGUGAAUUUUGGAAAACGGGGAUUUUUGGGUACAAUUUCGCCGUCUUUUGCGAAUUUGACUUCGUUGAAGACUUUAUUGCUGAAUGAUAAUAGUCUUACGGGUUCUAUUCCUGAGAUCUUGACUUCUUUGCCGGAUCUUCAACUCUUUAAUGUUUCAAACAAUAAUAUUUCAGGGGCUAUACCUGUAUUUCCACCUAAGGUAAAUUUUUUACGUGAUAAUAACCCUUUUUUAGGUCAUAAUAUUCCUAGUGGAAAUACAAACCAGCCUGCUUCUUCAUCGAAUUCUAGUGACUCGGAUCCGAGAUCUCCUGGAAAGUCAAAAGGCUCGUCUGGUUCAGUUGGCAUGAUUAUUGGUAUUGUGAUAAGUGUUCUUGUUUUUGUUGGGAUCAUAUUGUUUGUAUCGUACAAGUGUUAUGUCAAGAACAGAUACCAGAAGUUUGGCAGGGUUGGAAGUCCAGGAAAUGGAAAGGAGUUGGUUAAAGAAAGUGAACUUGGAAGUAGUUCAAACGGUUUUAAAGUUCCUACUGAAUUACAAAGUCAAAGUAGUGGAGAUCACAGUGAGAUGCCUGUUUUUGAGCGUGGCAAUGUGAUGAUUUCCUAUCAAGUGCUUAAACAAGUCACUGAUAAUUUCAGUGACAACAACGUGUUGGGAAAAGGUGGAUUUGGAGUCGUUUAUAAAGGUGAAUUACAUGAUGGCACCAAGAUUGCCGUCAAGAGAAUGGAAUCUGGUGUGAAGGGAACAAAAGGGUUGAACGAAUUCCAAGCAGAAAUUGGAGUGCUAACAAAAGUCAGGCAUAGACAUCUUGUGGCUCUUCUUGGGUACUGUGUUAAUGAGCACGAGAGGCUAUUGGUGUAUGAAUACAUGCCACAAGGUACUUUAAGUCAACAUUUGUUUGACUGGAGCGUACAUCAAAGUCCUCCUCUUAGUUGGAAACAACGGGUUUCUAUUGCUUUAGAUGUGGGGCGUGGUGUCGAGUAUCUACAUAGUUUGGCCCAACAAAGCUUUAUUCAUCGUGACUUGAAGCCGUCUAAUAUUCUUCUUGGUAAUGAUAUGAGAGCAAAAGUUGCAGAUUUUGGUUUGGUUAAGAAUGCGCCUGAUGGAAAGUACUCUGUUGAGACGAAAUUGGCAGGGACUUUUGGUUAUUUGGCACCAGAGUAUGCUGCUACUGGACGGGUGACAACGAAGGUGGAUGUUUUUGCAUUUGGGGUAGUCUUGAUGGAGUUAAUUACGGGUCGAAAAGCACUAGACGAGACUAUGCCGGAUGAGAGAUGUCAUUUGGUGACAUGGUUCCGGAGGGUACUCAUCUCCAAAGAAAACAUAAGAAAAUCUGUAGACCAAAUGCUUGAUACCGAUGAUGAAGAAACCUUGGAAAGCAUCCUCAAGGUGGCUGAGUUGGCAGGUCACUGCACUGCACGUGAGCCAUUUCAGAGACCUGACAUGGGUCAUGCGGUCAACGUGUUGGGUCCUCUUGUAGAACAAUGGAAACCAUCUCAACAGAAAGAAGAAGAAACUUAUGAUCACCGUAUGAGCCUUCCUGAAGUUCUUCAAAGAUGGCAGGCUGACGAGGGCACUUCCAGAAUGUUCGAUAUGUCCUUUGAUCAAACUCAGUCAAGCAUUCCCACAAAACCUUUAGGAUUUUCAGACACAUUUGAUUCAACAGAUUGCCGAUAGCGAGAAGAAGGGAAAAAAAAGUCAAGUUUAUAAAGUCAGUCUCAAGCUAACUUCCAGUCAACAAAAUAUCAUCUGCAAAGAAAGAUGAAUUAAAUACAGGUUCCACUCUUAUCAAGUUCUUUAAUUCAUGAAGGAUGUUGAAGAAUAGAUCAUUAAAUUUUGUCCGACAAAAUUAAACAAAGUUUCAUGUAAGCAUAGGUUGUCAUAUGCUAAAUUUGAUUAAGUUGACUGGGUCCAUGAAAAAUGGAGUUGGAACAUGGUGUUGUAAUCCUUACACUUGAAAAAGAGAGGAUAAGGCAAAUUCCCUACAACCUCAUUUAGAUUUUUAAUUGUUGUUGGUAUUUGUUUCUUUGUAUAUUAAAGGGCAAUUGUUCAGGAACAUGGGUUUGUAAUCAGUUAUGGGCCUUAUGGCCAUAUCUGAGAUCUGUCUGUCACUUUUCUUUGAUUGGUCUUUAUGUAUAUUGAGGUGUAAAAUUUCGGGAUAUUUCGUGUGUUCAGCUUUUAUUUAUAAUUUGCUUUACUUUCA